AUGAACAAGGACGUCAAAGCUUGGGCUCGGUCGUGUCUGAGUUGCCAGCGCAACAAGGUGCGGCGUCACAACAAGUCCCCACCUGACACUUUCCCCAGUUCCGACGCACGGUUUAGUCAUGUGCACCUGGAUGUUUUAGGCCCCUUGCCUCCAUCCAACGGUUUCACCUACCUCCUUACCUGUGUCGAUCGAUACACCCGCUGGGCUGAAGCUAUUCCUUUGCCAAAUGUUCAGGCUGAAACCAUCGUGAAGGCCUUCGUCAGUCGUUGGGUCGCCAUCUUCGGUGCCCCAUCCACGGUUACGACCGAUCGUGAUGCCCAGUUUGAGUCGGCACUCUUCCAAACGCUACUAAAUUUUCUUGGCUGCACACGCAUUCACACGACAGCCUACCACCCAGCUGCCAAUGGUAUAGUGGAACGUUUCCAUCGCCAGCUAAAGACUACCUUGCGUGCCGUAGAAGACCCAUGA